AUUUUCUUCUUAUUACCCCUCUUUCCCCCUUUCCUCCUUUCUUAGUCUCAUCUCAUCGACAGUCAUCUAUUUUCCUCUCUUCCUCUCCUCUCCUUUCCUCUUUUUUUCUCUCUUCCUCUCCUCUCCUCUCCCCUCCUUGCGCACGCAUCCAAACCUCUCCCCUCCUAGUUUCUCAAUGAAUCUCUCUCCCAGGUUCAACCCCUCCCACUUUGUGUAAACGCUUAAUUGUCAGUCCUGACGGAAACUUGCGUGGGCUUAAAUACCGUGUGCGCCUCUUCCACUGAAGCUGGAACUGACCAACUUGUCCAAGCGGGCAUCUCUCUCACUCUCUCUCACACACUCUCUCUCUAUCUCUCUGCCGUGUGUGCGUGUGUGCGUGCGUUUGUGUGUGUGACUUUUCUUUUUUAUCCUGGUGCUCUUUGCGUUCUUUCUGCCGACAAGCAUGCAGGUGUCUCUGGCCAUCCUCCUCUCCAGCUCGGCGCUCCUGCUGCUCCAGGGAUGCUGCACCGCUGUGAAGGGAUGGAAGGUACUAAAAAACGAUGCUACGGAGAUUUUACCGGAGUACAGAGAAGAUACUCGGACACCUCACGAGGCAAUAAUACAGGCGGCCAACGGCAGCAAUAACAACAACAACAACAACAACAACAGCAACACAAUGAAUAACAGGGCGAAAAACGGUGGAAGAACAGCAAUCACAGUCUCCUACAGUGCCUCGGAGCUGAGCUGUAGGGAGCUGCGUUCCACCCGUUACAUCACCGACGGAUCCUGCCGCAGUGCCAAGCCCGUCAAGGAGCUGGUGUGCUCGGGCCAGUGUAUGCCCUCGCACCUCAUGCCGAACUCCAUCGCCCGAGGAAAGUGGUGGAGGAGUAACGCCUCGGACUACCGCUGCAUCCCGGCCCACUCCCGGACAAGGAGGUUCCAGCUGCAGUGUCCUAACGGCAACACUCGGACUUACAAAAUCCGUGUGGUCACCUCCUGCAAGUGCAAGCGCUUCAGGCCCCACCAUAACCAAUCAGAGGCCAAGGAGGUCCCGAAGAGGCAACGCAACAAGAAGCACAGUCGUUCGUCUCAAGACCGGAACAAGAACAACACACCGUUAAUGGGCAACUCGUACUGAUGCUCCUCUUCGGCAUCCAAGGACAGACACCAAAGCUCACUCAUACACACGCACGUUACACAACACACCAACCGACAUAAUCUCUCCUUCAAAUAGGGAGGAGAUGCAAAAAGAAAUUUCAAAGAGAGCAAAUUCAUAAGCUAAUUGCUGGGCUGGUUUUUAAGUCAUCAGUCUUUAUUUUUCAGCCACUUGUCAGCAUAUUUGUGAACUUUGCUUAUUUGCAUGACAAAGUCAGUGCCAGGGCUUGCCACAACUGUGACUGGUCAGGAGAUGUAGCACCAUGUUGGAUUAUAUGAAACAAGUAUCUGAUCACCCCAACAGCUCAAAAACCUCCCUGAACUCGGGUCUGUCCUCCAGUCAAACAGAUUUUAUUUAAGCAUAAUGAGAAGUCCUCCCCGAGGCUCCAAGCCCAUCUGUACAAACAUCCAGCGGAUGCAGAGCUACGCCGCAACACAGCCCUGUUUAAAGCUGACAAGGUGUAUCUUUGCUCCAAAGUGGUUGUAAUCCAUCUCCUUUUGGCUGUGUGUGGAGGAGAUGGUGGCAGCUCUGGGGGCUCUGACAGUGGGAUGUUGACAUGUUUUUGAGAGGCCCUGGCCUGUACAGCGGUCCAGGCAGCUCUCUGACAGCCCACUAAAGACCUCACUCAUCAGGACAGCCCCAAAGCACUCUCCACGCUGCAGCAGCCCCAAGCAGGCCUGUCAGUUACAGUAGCGCCUUUCCCACGACUAGAUACAGAGAGUCAGGAGAGACAGAGAAAGAGAAAUGGGGGGAGAAAUCAGUUUUGUCAGCUCUAACACCAUGGGGUUACUGGGCAGUCCUGUGACUCCUUUUAAUUACUAAAUGAGCCCGUUCCUGUGUUAUUUGAGUCAUAAAAAGCCAUUUCCUCUAGACAUAGCCAGUUCCUGUUUGCUGGAAUCACACACAAAAAAGUGCACAUGUGUGUAGGAGGCAUCAGAACAUUGUGCGUGGUUGUGUUGUUACCUAGGGGCAGAGCGUUCUCCAGCACGCCCACACCGGAAUUCUUUUGUAACGGGCCAAAUAGAGCAGCGAUCACCCAUCCACAGCCAAAAUCCACCCGUUGUGUUAGCCUGCAGGAUCCGAGACACCUCCACUCCCAUUCACUCUCUGCUCCCAUUCUGUAAAUAGCUCAAACAGGAAAGAUAGGAACAAAAAUAACAUAAUGAAAACAAUAAUUCAGUUUUUAUCAUUGUAUUGACUGAUAGAAUCUGGCAGGAAGAGGAAGUGGCGAUACCCAGUCUGUCAGAGCAGACAACACAACCUCCUUCCUCAGCAAUGCCUAAGAUGGGACUGUACUUCAUGAAGAAUAUUCACAAUGUUUCCACAUAUUGUCAGCACCCCGUUGUUUUUCUGCUCAUAUUGCUUCCUGAUUUUGGUUUUCUAAACUGUACUGACAAUGUUUGGUUCUUUUUCCAACUGUAUGUUUGAAAUAGCAACUGGAAGGGGGUUUGUCGUGUAAGCUGAGAGCUGUGAUGCAUAACGUGAUUGUACAUAUCAUACCUGUGUGGUCUUCUGCAGUGGUGCCCCCACUCGGAGGGGUUUUAAAGAGAAGCAGGGAGGGAGGGCUGUUUCCUACAGACAAAAAGAAGGACUGUUAUAAAGAAUGAACUGCAUAUUUAUUUUUUAUUUCCACAUUUAAAUUAUUUAUGCAACCUUUUGUAGUAAAUGAUAGCCAUUAUUGUCAUAUAGUAUGAUAGAGACUUUGGAAAUGAAAUACUGUACAGUACAUGAAUAAAGUAAAGGCAGAUAUAUUUGAAAGAGCUGGCUUAUUUGUUAUUAUUCUUACUCCCCCCAUGAAGGGUUAAAAAAAUAUAUAUAAACAUUUAAAAAAUGGUUUAUAACACUCAUAUAAUGUAAUUGUAAGCAGAUACAAGUGUUUAUUAUUAGUGUUAAUAACUCCUGUGGACCCUCCUUUAAGUGGAGUGGUGUAUAAAUGUAAACACAGCUGUAAUGCUAUAAAAUAAUCUGAGAAAUUAUUAUUGUUGGCAUAUCAUGUAAAUUAAUAAACAC